UCUAAUUUUACAUCUCCAACAGAAAAUAGGAAGAGACCAAAUAUUUAAGAAUACUUUUCAAGGUAUCUUUUCUGAUCAGAAGAUCUGCAAGGACUGUCCUCACAGAUAUGAGCGAGAGGAAGCCUUCAUGGCUCUCAACUUAGGUGUGACUUCGUGUCAAAGUUUGGAAAUAUCAUUGGAUCAAUUUGUUAGGGGAGAAGUUCUGGAAGGAAGUAAUGCGUACUACUGUGAAAAAUGCAAAGAAAAGAGAACUACAGUGAAGCGCACAUGCAUUAAGGUCUUACCAAACCUGUUGGUGAUACACCUGAUGAGAUUUGGCUUUGACUGGGAGAGCGGACGUUCUAUUAAAUAUGAUGAACAAAUAAGGUUCCCCUGGAUGCUGAACAUGGAGCCUUACACUGUGUCGGGGAUGGCUCGCCAGGACUCGUCCUCAGAAGUGGGGGACAAUGGUAGAAACAUGGAUCAAGGAGGUGGAGGGUCCCCAAGGAAGAAAGUUGCACCUACAGAGAACUAUGAGCUUGUUGGUGUGAUUGUUCACAGUGGCCAGGCUCAUGCAGGGCAUUACUACUCCUUUAUAAAGGACAGGAGGGGAUGCGGAAAGGGGAAGUGGUAUAAAUUUAAUGACACUGUUGUUGAAGAAUUUGAGUUAACUGAUGAAACCUUGGAGUAUGAAUGUUUUGGUGGAGAGUAUAGACCUAAAGUCUAUGAUCAAUCUAACCCUUACCCUGAUGUGCGUCGGCGAUACUGGAAUGCCUACAUGCUGUUUUAUCAGAGAGUGUCUGAUCAGAACUCUCCAGUCUUACCAAAGAAAAGUCGAGUGAGCGUCGUGCGUCAGGAAGCUGAGGACCUCUCACUAUCUGCUCCAUCUUCACCAGAAAUUUCACCCCAGUCAUCACCACGACCCCACAGACCCAACAGUGAUCGCCUGUCCAUCUUAACUAAACUGGUCCGGAAAGGUGAAAAAAAGGGACUUUUUGUUGAGAAGAUGCCUGUACGGAUAUAUCAGAUGGUGAGAGAUGAAAAUCUCAAAUUUAUGAAGAACAGAGAUGUAUACAGUAGUGACUACUUCAGUUUUGUUUUGUCACUGGCUUCACUGAAUGCUACUAAGGUAAAACAUCCUUAUUAUCCAUGUAUGGCAAAGGUGAGCUUACAGUUGGCAGUCCAGUUCCUCUUCCAAACUUAUCUCCGAACCAAGAAGAAACUCAGGGCUGAUACAGAAGAGUGGAUUGCAACCAUAGAUGCACUGCUCUCCAAAAGUAUUGAUGCUUGUCAGUGGUUAGUUGAAUAUUUUGUUGGACCAGAGGGCCGGGAGCUUGUAAAGACUUUCCUCCUGGAAUGCAGUGUAAGAGAGGUGCGAGUUGCUGUAGCUACUAUUCUUGAAAAAACCCUCGACAGUGCCUUGCUUUAUCAAGAGAAGUUAAAAAAUCUACAUCAGUUAUUGGAGGUGCUACUUGCUUUACUGGAUAAAGAUGUUCCUGAAAACUGUAAAAACUGUGCUCAGUACUUCUUACUAUUCAACAAUUUUGUGCAGAAGCAGGGUAUAAGGGCUAGCAGUCUUCUUCUCAGACAUUCUGCUUUGAGGCACAUGAUCAACUUUCUCCUUGGUCCCAACCGUCAGAGUAAUCAGAACCGCAGGUGGAGUUCAGCACAAGCACGUGAGUUUGGAUAUCUUCACAAUACUGUCGCAUUACUUGUUCUGCACUCUGAUGUCUCUUCACAAAGAAAUGUUGCUCCUGGUCUCUUUAAGCAACGUCCACCUCUAAGCAUCACUACUUCAGGUCCACUUUUGACACUCCAUGAAGAAGUGGAAGCCUUGUUAUUCUUGUCCGAGGGAAAACCUUACUUAAUAGAGGUGAUGUAUGCAUUACGAGAGCUGACUGGAUCUCUAUCUGUUCUCAUUGAGAUGGUGGUGUAUUGCUGCUUUUGUAAUGAGCACUUUUCCUUUACUGUGCUACACUUCAUCAAGACUCAACUGGAAACUGCUCCACCUCAUGAAUUGAAAAACAUAUUCCAGUUACUCCAUGAGAUACUGGUCAUCGAAGACCCCUUACAAGUAGAGCGCAUCAAAUUUGCCUUUGAAACUGAAAAUGGAUUAAUAGCCUUGAUGCACCACAGCAACCAUGUAGACAGCAGUCGCUGUUACCAGUGUGUCAAGUUCCUUGUUACUUUGGCUCAGAAGUGCCCUACUGCAAAAGAUUAUUUCAAGGAGAAUUCCCACCACUGGAGUUGGGCUGUGCAGUGGCUACAGAAAAAGAUGUCUGAACAUUACUGGGCACCUCAGAGUAACGUUUCCAAUGAAACAUCAACUGCAAAAACCUUCCAGCGCACUAUUUCAGCACAGGACACACUUGCCUAUGCCACAGCCUUGUUGAAUGAAAAAGAUCAGUCUGGAAGCAGUAAUGGGUCAGAAAGUAGCCCAGCCAAUGAGAAUGGAGACAGACAUCUACAGCAGGGCUCCGAGUCUCCUAUGAUGAUUGGUGAGACUAAAAGUGACCUUGAUGAUGUUGACCCAUAAAAGGAUACCCGUGAACCCAAGAGCAGAUCAACUCAAACAUUUAAUGCCUGGUACCUGUUGAAACCUAGAGUCCUAUUGCUUAUGCUAUUACAAGAGUCUGGAAGAGAAGGAUCUAUGGCAAUGCUGGAGAAGGUUGUUUCCCUGAAAGCUAAAAGCAUUUCUUAGCCACGAAGGCUUCAGAUUGACAAAUGCUCUAGAAAACUGCAUCUUCACCUGCAGUAGCUUGUGACAGUCCAGACACCAACAACAUUUUUGUCAAGAAGAUUUUAUCAAAUACACAAACGCUAGUGGUUGAAUUUUUAUGUGAACAUUAAAUGAGUGAAUGUAAAACUGUUGCUUUUCUGUGAUGCUGCAAAAAAAAAAAUUCUUUUGGUUUUUAUACAGAGAAAAACCAGACUGCCCUUAUGUAUGGAGGGCAAAUUUUUAAUCUUUCUGAUAUUGAAUAGGAAUAUUCAAAUUUCUGUAUAAAGAUGUGUGAUGACUUACAUUUCAUUGUAAAAUAUUAGUUAAAGAAUCAGUUUACAUAAGGACUUCUGUAUUUAAUAUGUCUCCCUGCUCAUUUGUAAAGCUCUUUAAUGGAAGGAUCGGUAAGAUUGCUCUGCAAAGGAGAGUAGUUCCUUACAGAAAGGUUUGGUCAUGGAGCUUCUAGCAUGGCUUGUCUUUUUGGUACCCUUCCAAAAACCACAGGCAGUCAGGAAGGGCCGUAAAAGAAAAACGUUCUCAAGGUAUGCAAGUGUUUAUGAAAGGAUGCUGGUGGAUUUAAAAAAUAAUAAAUUAAAAAAAAAAAAAGUAGUUUAAAAGAAAAGAAGCACUUUAAAAUGGAUUUCUGUUGCAGUUUUAGUCAUGAAAUUUUUUACUUUUGGAGACAUAUUGAAUCAAAAGUAGUCUCAAUCCUGUGACCUGCAAUCACUUGCUUAUGCUUUCAAAUUACUGAGAAAGUUAGUAUUGGUUGUACAUGAUGAAUAAUUCCUUGAUUGAGUUUGGGGACACUGUCGUGCAGAUUUUAUUAAGCAAUUUUAACACGGGGAAAGAGUGAUUUGGCUUUGUUUAUAUUUUCACUUGACCAGACAACAUUUAAAAUAUCACAGCUCUUUUGAUUUGCUCAUAAACAACUGGAAGGCAGUUGGGAUGAUUUGAGCACGGUUUUGUUUUCCAUAUCAAAUUUAGUUCAGUGACUUCUGGUUCUGGAUACUUUUGUGCCAACUAACUUCAUACUUUGUACAUUUUGCGUUUGUCACAUUUUCUGCACUGCUUUUUGCCUUUAUUUAUGGAUUCUGCCUUACUUUAAAAAUUAUGUAAACAAACAUGCACAGAAAUGGGAGGGCAUCUCAAGGAGUGCCUGGGCACCUCCAGAAUAGACAAAUUUGCCAAGUUAAAGGCACAACCAGCCAAAAAGUGCCUUUUUUUCUUUCUACAGACUGUUGCUGAACCAAGAAGCAGCAGACAGCUUUUCACUGUUGUGCACUAAUAUUGAAAUUAACCAGUCAUUUCACUGUUGGAAGCAAACAUCUGAUAUGAUUUCAGCUGUACAGCUUUAUAACUUAUUGCGGGUUAAGAGAAACUUGUCGUAAAUUGUGUGUGCAAAGAUGCAAGGGUGGCAUUGUAGUGAAUAUCUCACUCUGUUGGUUGAUUUUUUAUUUUUUUUUUCCAAACAAUGUCUUCACAGACACGUGGCAAAGUUAGCAUUUUAUAAAUGUUUCUGAUAAUGUGCUGGGACAUUUUAAAUGUGUGACGUUUUAAAUUAAUUUUGAAUAAAUCAUUUCUUACAGAUCCCCUUUCUUUCUUCCCCCAUCCCCAAUGCUUCGUAAUGGGCCAUAAAUCUUCACAAAUAGUCAGUACACAGUGGUGAUGGUGAUGGAGGAAGCUGGUAACGUUCCUAUGGGUUGGCACCACUUGUCACUUCAGGUUCCUGUUAUUUCCUAUGGAAACAACGUCCUCGAUUACUGCAUGCCCAGAGAAGCACUGAUGGGAGAACUGCAUCAGGAUGGCUCAUCACCACUGUAUACUUGAAACCAAUACAAACUUUUUCAUGGUUCUGCUCACGCUUGUACAAAGUCGAUGGUUUUAAUUUGCAAUAAGAUGAUACUCAGUCAAUUAUUUUGGUUUCCAGCUGCUGUCAUUUGAACCUGCUGAAGAUUAUUUUUUUGGAAAAUAGAGUUCAACAAAACUAGUUUUUGUGUAAAUUGUGAUGCAUUUCUAUGUUGUAAUUUUUACUGCCAAUCUUUUUGGAUGAAAAUGUUUUUAUACAGCUUACAUGAUGUUCAGUGAAGAGCAGCCACAGCCUGCCUGUGAGCAUUUGGGGAGAUACUGUCCAAUCAAUACAUGAACGUGUGGCACUGGAAAAAUAGGCAGUCUUGAUAAACAGUCUUGGGAUUCCUGGUCAAUGGAAUAAAGUUAUUCCUUUCACAGAAAA